AUCAAGCAGUUUCCAGAUUUUUCGUGAGAAUCAUACGACAGCCUACUAAUUCUACAGCUGAUCCAAUAAACUAACGAUAAAAUGCACCAAAAUCUCUUGUUUAUUUUGUUGCUCUGCGCCACCGCCACACAGGCCCAGGCGGAACUGUCCGGACUUUUGAGUGCCCUCCAAUAUUUCGGACUCUACUCGAAUGGAACUUCGGAAUCCCUGGGAAUUUCCCGGGGCCAGUGCCACUACACUUUUGAGACAUUCGCCCUGCUGGAGGAGCGACGCGUGUGCGCCCCGGAUGACGAGCACAUCCUUCACCUGACUGCCGGCCAGGUACCUCCGGUACGAAAGCCACCCAUUUUGAUCAAGUGCCUGCAGCAGGAUCCGCCAGAGAAUGAGACUGCACACGAGCCGGGACUGCUGAUAAUGCGCAGUGCCAAGGAGAUCGUGGGUCUGCUGAAGCCAGUGGGAAACGCCACCAAGCGCCACGAACCGGGCAGCUGUGUGGUGGUCCACUUUUGCACCGCCUCCAGCUUGGAGUGCGCCCGAGUGGCUCCGAUGAUGAACCUGCUGCCCCAUCUGUUUCCAACGCUGCCCAUCGCCUAUGUGGAUGCCUACGAGUUUGGACGCUUCAAUGCGGAGUUCGGAAUCGUCUCGCUGCCCACGCUGAUGAUAUUCCACCAGGGCAGGCCGCUUAUCAAGUACGAUCCCUCGUGGUCGGACUCGGAGAAGCGCAGCUUUGCCCGGUUCAUCAUGAGGCACACGAAUGUGAAGACCGUGGAUCCGCAGGCCAUUCAUCCGGACAUUUUCAAUCGCACUAGGAGAGAACCCCUUUCCAAUGUGCCCAUCGUGCAGACGGAUUACUAUCUGGGCCUGGCUUGGGCCUUCAUCCUUGCCUGCCUGGCCAACUACCUGCGACAGACCGUCUUCUGGAAGCAGCUGGUGGAGAUGGUUCAGCGAAAUUGGCGGGAAUCGGAGGAGACGCAGAUGGAGAUGGUGGACUAGUCGGUUAUUUAGUUUAAUUCCCUUUAAGUUAGGUACAACGCAUUGGAUGAUUCACUAAUAUAAUGUAAUUACCGUUUAAUUAAAUUCACAUCAACAUUUA